AUGGGUCGGUAUAAAGUGGAGAGAAUGAAGAAUAUUCUGAGAGCGCAUGAGAAUAAGAUAUAUAUCUCAAGCGAGUACACUGGAGAGUAUUGCAUCAUCAAAGGAUACGUGUUUAAGGCAAAGGUAGAUAGAGACUUGCCGCCGUACACUGUUUCUAUGUCGCAGGUGCAAAGAGGCUUUAUGCAGAUAAAAGAGAGCGAGUAUGUGGAUGUAAUUGAUGGGCCUGGCGGAAGGAUGGGAUCCAUUGAAGAAGUUGUCAUAUCGAUAGAGGGGAAGACGAAGGGCGUGCACAUUCGGAUAAGCCACAAAACAAUUAAUAGCACAUUUUUGGAUGUUCUUGCAGGAGUGCCUCUGACAGAAGGGCAGGACCUGGGGCUGCUGAUGGAGGUGGAGGCAUCUGCAGAUACUUCCAGCAGGGAAACCAUGUUCAUAUGCCGCGUUGAGGGAAUUAAGCUUGGAAACAAAGAGGUCAUUGGGGCAGUCCGAAGAAACACAAAAAUAACAAUAAAGGACCACCAGGGAAUUACGAUUCUGGGCCUAGGAUCAGAGCUGAACAUAAACACAGAGUUUGACUUCAUGGAGAUGGAGAUAGGAGGGCUUAAAAAGGAGUUUGGUGAGAUGUUUAGGCGUGCGUUUAUUCAGAGAAUGUACAAGCCUGGGUUUAUUAAUAACAUGGGAAUCAACCAUGUAAAGGGUAUUAUGCUGUACGGCCCCCCUGGAACAGGAAAGACCUUAAUUGCCAGGAGAAUGUCUGCGCUUCUGAACUCUGCUCCGCCCAAAAUAGUGAAUGGCCCAGAAAUACUCAACAAAUAUGUUGGGCAGAGUGAGGAAAACAUUAGAAAGCUGUUUGAAGAUGCAGAGAAGGACUACAAGCAGUAUGGAGAUGAAAGUGCACUGCACAUUAUAAUAUUUGAUGAGAUAGAUGCAAUAUGUAAGAGUAGAGGGUCAUCAAAUGGUGUUGGGGAUCAGGUAGUCAACCAGCUGCUUUCAAAGAUUGAUGGAGUUGAGUCUCUGAACAAUAUUCUUGUGAUUGGAAUGACAAAUCGAGUUGACUUAAUUGAUGAUGCACUUCUUCGCCCUGGCAGGUUUGAGAUUCACAUUGAAAUAUCCCUGCCAGAUGAGGCAGGCAGACUUGAAAUUCUGAAGAUUCACACUAGCAAGAUGGAGACAAAUUGCUUUAUGAAAAAGGACGUAGAUUUGGAGCAAAUUGCAAACAAGGCACGAAACUACACUGGAGCAGAAAUAACUGCACUUGUGAAGAGUGCAGCAUCAUUUGCCCUGGAAAGAGCAAGAAAUACAAAGAAAGAGGUAAUGAUUGAUAUGAACGACUUUAAGCGUGCGCUUGAAGAGACUGUCCCGUCCUUUGGUGUAAGCACUGCUUUGAGAAUGCCAGAACCCUUCUAUGCAUACCCAUCUGCACAGAAUGUGAUUGACCAUGGAAAGACAGUUGUAGACCGGCUCAGAAAGGACACUAAAAAAAAGUCAAAAACACUUUCGCUUCUGCUAACAGGAAAGCCAGGGACUGGAAAAACAGCACUUGCUGAGAUAAUAGCAACUAAGUCAGAAAUACCGUUUAUUCGGGUUAUAUCCCCAAAGGACAUUGUAGGAAAGGAGGAGAAUGAGAAGGUGAACUAUAUCCGAAACACAUUCAAAGACGCCUAUAAAAGUGCAGAGUCUUUGGUGAUUCUUGAUGACAUAGAAGGGCUUAUGGACUACGUGUCAAUUGGGCCCAGGUUCUCAAAUCCAAUUCUCCAGGCCAUCAAGCUAUUUGCUAAGAACCAGGACAGGUUUAAGACAAUGGUAAUUGGCACAGCUGCUGACAAGUCACUUAUGGAGGAGGCAGGAAUAUUCGGAUCAUUUGACUAUCACACGGAGCUGUCAGUUCUCUCACAGCGCGAUACAGAUUGGUUUGCCACAAACACGUCACUUGCACCAGCCUCCCAAAAAACAAUCAAGGAAAUCAUACAAUAA